GCUGUCAGUGGCCCUUAAAUCCCCCAACAAAGCUUGAAGUUGGAGAUAGCUUCAAUCUUUACUUACAAAGGAACUUUUGUUCGUUUUCUUUCAUCGCUCAGCUUUGGGCAACAAAUCUUCCUCGUAGCAUCGAGAAGUCGGGCUCCAUACGGUUUAUGCUGUUAGUGGCCCUGAUAAACCCAACAAAGAAGAACUUGGGGAGUGAGAGGAGACAAGAUGGCAGCCAUGGCCAGGACUGGUGUGUGGUGGUUCUCUCACAACCUCCACCGCAUCAACCUCCAUCAGGCACUCAAGCUAAACUCAACCUACUCUGCCUUCCUCCACAACUCUGCUGCUCUCAAUGUGCAGGGAUUGCCAAUCAAAAUGCCCUCACUUUCUCCCACCAUGAUGGAGGGAACCAUAAUCAAAUGGCUGAAGAUGGAAGGAGACCCUAUUCAACCUGGAGAUGUAUUAUGUGACAUUCAGACUGAUAAAGCAGUUGUUUCUUUAGAAACAGAGGAAGAAGGCAUCUUAGCCAAAAUUUUGGUUGCAGAAGAUACAAAAGAUGUCAAGGUAGGCACCUUGAUUGCAGUUAUGGUAGCAGAAGGAGAGGAUUGGAAAACUGUUGAAAUGCCUCUUCAGGAAGAGAUUAUACCAUCUUCUGGUGCUCAGCCUGUGACAGUUACUCGUACACCUGCUUCUGUUGCUGCUGGCCAUGGGAACUUUGGUCCUUCAGUUCGUCUUCUACUAGAGAAAUAUGGACUUACAGUUGAUCAAGUUCCUGCUGGAGGCCCCCAUGGUAAACUGUUAAAGGGAGAUGUCCUACAAACUAUCAAAGACAAAAAUCUUCAACCACAACCAAUACCAGCAGUUCCUCCUCCUGAGGCUCCUAAACCUGCUUCUGCUGCUGCUGCUGCUCAUGGUAUGCCUACAGCUGCACCACCACCACCAUCUGUCCCUGUCCCACCACCAGUUCUUGGUACAUCAGAAGAUGGUUAUCAAGACUCUGAAAUAACUAACAUGAGGAGAACCAUAGCCAAAAGGCUUGUACAGUCAAAGAGUGGUAUUGCUCACUCAUAUGCAACGGUUGAGUGCGUUGUUGAUAAACUGGUAGCGCUGAGAAAGCAGUACAAGGCGGAAGGCAUCAAUGUAAGUGUGAAUGACCUAGUCAUCAAAGCUGUUGCUGUUGCACUAACCAGAUGUCCAGAGAUGAACUGUGUAUGGAAGGGAGAUCAGCUAAUGAUUUCUAAUCAGAUAGAUAUUAGUAUCGCAGUAGCAACACCUGCCGGCCUCAUAACCCCAAUAAUUCACGGAGCUGAUGCUUUAGGUGUUGAAGAUAUUUCCACAAGAGCACGGGACCUAGCUGGUCGAGCCAGAGAAAACAAGUUAAAGUUGGAUGAAUUCCAAGGGGGAACUUUUACCAUCUCAAAUCUAGGAAUGUUUGGAAUCAGUGAGUUCAGUGCCAUCAUCAACCCCCCUCAGUGUGGCAUCCUUGCUCUUGGUGGAAGCAGACUCUCUCUAAGUGACUCUGGUGCACCGGUGAUGUGCAUGAGUGCUACCCUGUCAUAUGACCGUGCUGGUGUUGACGAUGACACUGCUGCUACCUUCUUAAAUAUAGUGAAACAUCUUUUGGAGGAUCCUACUACUGUAAUGCUAGGGGCUUAUACUUCAAAAGUUAAUCAUCCUAUGGCUGCACUGUUAUAAAUGUUUAAUCAAAUAAAUUUGGUGUGAUUGUUUUUUAAUGUUCUGUGAACAAAAUUUUAACCCAGGUAUUUUUUUAGUGUGUUAAUUUUUGAACGAUGUAUAACUAACAUUAAGGAAUAUACAUAAAAAUGUAUGCAUGCAUACAGUGUGUGCUACAACUACUUGAACUUACUUUUCAAACAAGAUGCUAAAUGAGUUAAAGAGCAUAUAAUACAUAAAGUAAAAGGACACAAGUGCCACUAAUGUUACAUUUCAAUGUGGCAACGUUUUGCUCUCCAGGAGCUUUGUCAAGUCAUAACGGCUUGACAAAGCUCCUGGAGAGCGAAAUGUUUCCACAAUAAAAUGUUACAUUAGUUGCAUUUGUGUCCUUUUACUUUACAUAUUGUCAGUAAUUCUACCAAAAUAUAUACAACAUAUAAUACCAUGGGCAUAACUCCACUCCUGAAGAACCUUUUGGGUUUAGUGCUUAGAUUGAUUCUAUUAUUAUUUAUCUACUGUAAGUAUGAAUGUACAGUAAGAAACUAUGUAAAUGCAGCAUGCACCGAUGGGGAGGGUGCAUUUAUCAUGCCCAA